UGGCUGAUCCAGCCAAUGCAGUCCAAAGCUUUUGAUUGGCUAAAAUGCACGCGGUAUCCAUGACGACGCCAAAGAUGCACGUUUGAAAAGAAACCGUCAGCUUGUCCGUUACUCUGACUGAAUGAAGAUGGAGCGCAGAGUCGCUCGGAUAAGAAACAUUAUUUCUACCAUCACCAAUAGCCAAUGGUUUGCCAACGUCAUCCGGCUAACCCUCGCGCUCAACAUCAUAUUCAUCAUUUAUGUGAUUGAUUGGAGACUGAACGAUCUUUCUCCUUCCCUUUACACUGCUAAUGCUUUCUUCCACUGCGUGUACCUGAUUGAGUAUCUGCUGAUGAUAUGUGUGGAUCCGCGGGGCUACUGGAGGAGUCCCCUCAAUGUGCUGUCUGCCUUUGUGCUCCUGCUCUCCUCCGUCUGCAUGAGUCUGAGCAUGCCUCUGAAGCACCUGGUCUGCAUUUGCGUCCUGCUGGUCUUCAGGCUCAGGAAUUACACGGAUGUCGAGCAGGAGUACACUGCAGGCAUCUGGAGGGGACUGAAGAAAGCCAGCUUGAUCUAUUUCUUGAUCUUUAUGAUCGUACUGGUUUUCGCAAUGGCUGGUCAAUCGUUUUUUGGAGACCCAAACAGAGGAGAUCCAGAAAACUGGGGAGACCUCGGCACAGCCCUGUUCACGCUCUUCAGACUGCUCGUAUUGUAUGAUUGGACGAGGGUGCAUCAGGACCUCGACAAAGCGGGUGUGAGCUACAGCAGCGUCUUCGUCAUCGGCUUUAUUAUUACAUGCUACUUCAUACUCCUUGUUAUAGCCAGGGCUGUUUUCAUCACUGAAUGCCGGAGUGCAUUUGGGAAGGCAGCGGAAAGGAAGAAACGUGCGCGUGAAGAGGAGGUAAAGAAGAAGGUGGAGGAGGUGCUGGAAAGGGCUAAACAGCACCAUGCCCCAAAACUCCGGAGUGUGAGGGAACUCAAAAGGCCCUUAUGUCAUGAUCGAUUUAUUUAUGCGCAGGACAAGAUCACUAGUUCUUCUUUCAUAGGGACAUUUAUGCAGCAGCUGAAUAAACGAGAACAAACCAUGUUAGAGUGGUGGCGGCUGAUAAAUGAGAAGAUGGCUGUACUGAAGGAGGAGCUCGAGGACAAGCUGAAUGAGGAUGCUCUUGCUGAGGGGCUGUACAAGAAGUCCGGCAGAUUAGUAUUUCUUGGCCUGGGCAAUGCUGGCAAAACGACGCUUCUGCAUAUGCUGAACGAGCACAGACUGGGUCUGCAUGUGCCGACCUUUGACCCCACCUCAGAAGUGUUGAGGAUCGCUGGCGUGACCUUCAGCUCCUGUGAUCUGACUCGAGGGGAGUGGAGGAAGCUUCUCCCAGCCAUGAGCGGCAUGGUCUUCCUGGUGGACUGCGCAGAUUACGCCAGGCUACCCGAAUCCAAAACAGAGCUUGACGUGAGCUUUAUACUGUCUUCAGCCAUUUCAGACUUCGUUACACACUCGUGA